CAGUCGAUCGGGAGGCAUGAUGCGGGGGCAUUCGAGCAGCUCGCAAUAAGUUGAAUAUAUCUGCCAGGAUGGACGGCUUCGAGUCUCCUUUGUUUUGCACGACAUUUUCACCACCAAAUCAACAUGGCUGACCCUCGUGCAACUCUUCAAAGCUUUCCGACCAAGCCGCGGGUGUUCAUUGUCUCCGAUAUCUCCAACGAACCUGACGAUGCCGAGUCGCUCGUACGCUAUCUGCUCUACUCCCAUCAAUUCCAAACAGAAGGCCUGGUUGCCUGCACCUCGACAUGGAUGAAGAACAAAGUUUGCCCGCAAGAUAUGCACAAGAUCAUUGACGCGUACGAGAAAGUCGUCGAUAACUUGAACGCCCAUGUCCAUCCCGGUGCGCAGUACCAGCCUGCGGAUUACUUCCGGUCGCUUAUUUGCAAGGGCGCGGAGGUAUAUGGUAUGGCAGCGGUGGGAGACGAUAUACCACUGAGCGAAGGCGGCGAGCUGCUUCUUGAGCGUAUUCAAGCUUCCAGUGAGCAGCCUCUCUGGAUUCUCUGCUGGGGUGGCACCAAUGUUCUCGCGCAGGUACUCCUGCGCAUUCAGAAGUUACAUUCGCCCGACGAAGCAGCUCGCUUGCGCUCAAAACUACGUGUUUAUGCCAUCUCAGACCAAGACGACACCGGCGCUUGGAUCCGCCACCAGUACCCUGACGUUUUCUAUAUUGCGUCUGUCCACGGCUGGAAUCACUACGGCCUCGCCGCGUGGACGGGUAUCUCGGGCGACAAGUACUACAACUUUGAUCAGGGAGGGCCAGACUUUUCAAAAGUGACAAAGACCUGGAUUCGUGAGAACAUUCAGAUUGGCGAACUGGGCUCUGCGUACCCUAAUUAUCUUUUUAUUCCCGAGGGCGAUACUCCUACUUUCUUGUACUUGAUCCAGAACGGACUAGGGGUCCCCGAACAUCCCGAGUACGGCUCCUGGGGCGGCCGAUACCAGCGUUCAGACGUGAGCGCCAGUGGCGUUGCUAGCCUACAUUACGGCGAUACUGUUGACCGAGUGGUUGGAGCCGACGGCCGCACCUACACAACAAAUCAUGGUACUAUCUGGCGCUGGCGAGAUAGCUUCCAGAAUGACUUUGCUGCUCGAAUUCAGUGGACACUAUCUCCGGACUUUUCUGCGGCGAACCAUGCCCCCUUGAUCUCCAUCAAUGGCGAUACUAGCCUGACGCCUCUAGAGAUUGACGCCGAGGCUGGCUCAACAUUCACUUUAGACGCAUCAGAGAGUUAUGACCCGGAUUCAGGGGCGUUGACAUUCAAGUGGUUCCAUUACAAGGACCCGAGCGCAACUCAGUCUUGGGUAGACGCAGAAGUUGCCGAUCUCGAGAUUAAACCAAUUGGUGAGGGUCAAAAGGUAGAAGUUACGGUUCCGCCAGCAGAGAGAUGUUGUGUGGACUUGAUGACCAGACAGCCGACUGCUCGGGGUCAGAUUCUACACCUGAUUUUGCAGGUGACGGACAACGGAACCCCUGCUCUUACAAGCUAUCGGCGGGUGUUGAUCCAAACGACUAACCCUCGAUUAGAGGGCGGAGGCAAGGGAGCCGAUGCCAUUGGUGAUCUGAUGGCAGAGAUGAUGGCAGAGCUUGAAUAACUUCCUAUGUACUUUAUUCGAAUAGUCUCUGAAAUGUGAUUAAUACUGGCUACGGUUGAUGAUGAGCUGCAUAGAUUGAACGGCUAAAACUCCCUUUUUCAUCUUGUGAGGAUGCACUCAAAUUGUGCCGAAGCUGGCCCAUAGACCCCUCCAGACUCCGCACUCCCCACUACGACCCGCUAACCUAACUGCUGGAAAAGCCAGUCAACAAUUGAAAUUGACAGGCGUCACUGUGUCAGGUGCAGGAGAAGCGGCCCGGCUCUCCGACAGUCGACUCGGAACAUCGUGGACGGUGGACCAGAAACCCAC